AUGUUCCCUCUGCCUGGUGCACCCCGACAGCAGCCCAUGGAUCCCAGCCGUCUACAGGCGUUUAUGAACCAGCCGGGUGGCUCGGCGGACAACGCGGCUCUCCGGCCUUCCAACUCGCGCCAAUCCAAGCGUCUCUUUGUGUACAACAUCCCUUCCAGCGUGACAGGGGACAGUUUGGCAUCUUUCUUCAAUCUCCAACUGAACGGCCUCAAUGUUAUCGAAAGUGUCGACCCAUGCAUCUCGGCUCAGGUGUCCGAGGACCACUCCUUUGCGCUCCUAGAGUUCAAGUCGGCCAAUGACGCAACAGUCGCACUGGCCUUUGACGGCGUCACCAUGUCGGAGCAUGAAGGCGGCGAUGGCAAAGGAUUCGAAGUACGGCGACCAAAGGACUACAUCGUCCCCAAUGGAAGUGCCGACCAGGAAUACCAGGAGGGCACGCUGCUGACCGAGGUUCCGGACUCGCCGAACAAGAUCUGUGUCUCGAACAUUCCGGCAUAUAUUCCCGAGGAGCCCGUCACGAUGCUGCUCAAGUCCUUUGGCGAGCUAAAAUCUUUUGUCUUGGUGAAGGAUGCUUCUACGGAAGAGUCGAGAGGAAUUGCUUUUUGCGAGUAUGUUGAUCCGACUGCCACCUCUAUCGCCGUGGAGGGAUUGAAUGGCAUGGAAUUGGGUGACCGUCACCUCAAGGUCGUGCGCGCCAGUAUUGGAACUACCCAGGCCGCCGGGCUGGACAUGGGUGUCAAUGCCAUGUCCAUGUUUGCCAAGACCACAUCCCAGGACCUCGAGAGCAGCCGAGUGCUACAGCUUCUGAACAUGGUUACUGCUGAAGAAUUGAUGGAUCCCGAGGACUACGACGAAAUCUGUGACGAUGUCCGCGAGGAAUGCUCCAAGUAUGGCCGUAUCUUGAGCCUGAAGAUCCCCCGUCCGUCAGGCGGCAGCAAGCAGUCGGCCGGUGUGGGCAAGAUCUUCGUCAAAUUCGAAACCGUCGAGGGAGCUACCAAUGCUUUGAAGGCGCUGGCGGGACGGAAAUUCUCUGACCGCACGGUGGUGACCACCUACUAUGGGGAGGUAAGUCUUUUCUUUUCCCAUUUCUUGUCUUUGACAAAUACUGAUGUUAUCGCAGGAAAACUUUGA